AUGUGGAACACAAGCCUAGCAUGUCCGGAGGCAAACGAUCCAAUGCCAAAAGGGCUGCAGCCCACGAGCCAUGGGCCGCCUCUUAAAAUAUCCAGACAGCCGAGCCCACCAGCAUUUCGGAAUUUCCCGGCGAAAGAAAGAACGGAGAGAAGAGAGCGAUGUCAGGACCACAGUGCUAUCGAAAACCCUCCGGCGCUGAACCCAGGUGCCGGAGCUGGCCAUGUAGAGAAAGUCGGCCACCUCGACUCCUAUGUCACCGGCUCCCCCCCCCCACUUCCAACUCCGCCUUUUGAUAACUACAUGUGCCUUUUUGCUUCACUGCUACUUCAUAAACAGUAUAAGGGAUUUGAAGAUGCGAAGGCUGUCAUUGAAAGUCUGAAGAAUAAAGGCGUAUCUGCAAUUGGAGCUGCAGGCUUUUGCUGGGGUGCCAAGGUUGUGGUUGAACUCGCCCACAUUAAUGCUGGUGUGCUGUUGCAUCCUUCAUUUGUCACAGUUGAUGACAUAAAAGAGGUGAAGGCUCCUCUUGCUGUACUUGGAGCUGAGUUCGACCACCUUUCGCCACCAGCUCUAGUGAAACAGUUUGAAGAGGUCCUGGCUACUAAGCCUGAGUUUGAUGGAUUUGUAAAGAUAUUCCCUGGAGUUGCUCAUGGAUGGACAGUGAGGUACAAAGCUGAAGACGAAGCCGAGGUAAAAGCUGCAGUGGAGGCUCAUAACGACGCGUUGGAGUGGUUUGCUAAGCACGUCAAGUGAAUACAUAAGAAAACAUUCCACGAGUCCAGCGCGAGAUGGCCUCUCUGUCGUUUACCAUUUUAUCCUGCGUGCGCGAGGUGAGAGAUCGAUCGACUUCUGAACAUACCACGUCGUUGUUGUGUAAUAUCAGAGCUCUCGAGUGAUGGCGUAUGUUAUUGAGAUGAUCGAAUCUGGCUCUCAUUGUUCAUGUUAUAGAAUAUAGAGCAACUCAUGGACAUUGUGCACCAGUGUUGUAUAAUCUCUAGCUUUGGCUCUCUCAGAUGUCUGCUUCUUCGUUUCUGCCCCCUCCAUACCGCUGGGCCAAAAUCAGACUGUGUUACUUGGGCCGCCAGAAAGAAGACCGUGGGAUCCAGUUUUGGGAAUAGCCCAAACCAUCUUCCUUUCGUUUUCUGUUCCCCGUCACCGUCGGUUCAUGUGAGGACGAAGAAAGGUCGGCAAAGUAGGGAACACGGUUAGCCAGCCACGUGUCACCGAUGGGAACAGCAAAUCUGAAGCUGUCAUUUUGAUUAGAAGAAGCGCACUUCUCCUCCAUCACUUGCUCUGCUUGCAUCCACACACGGCCAUCAGCGCGUCAGCGCGUCGAUUUUAAUUUCAGUAAGCUUUGAAAUGCAUUACCAAAAAAGUUUGUGAUAGGAUAUCUUAUAUUAAAAUUGUGUUUUGUAUCUUUGAAUAUUGCUA